AUGCGACUCUCCGCCACGCUGCUCGUCGUUGCCGCCGCUGGACUCUUCGCCACUGGACAUGCAGCCUCGGACGUCAGUCAGCCCACGAUCCCGCAGUCGCUCGACGUGGGACAGUUGGAUCCUGGAGCCGAGACCGUCACUCCUAAACGACUUUUGCGCGCUGUCUGUGAUGACAACGAGGAAGAGCGAGGCGCCUGGUCCGCACUGUUGUCGCGUUUCCCCGGUACGGCGAAGAAUCUGGCGAGGGAAGCUGAGAAGCAAACGGCAAAAAUCAAGCUCUAUGCCGAUGACUUUGCGACUUACCGAGCAAAUGGUGAUGUCCCGUAUGAAGUCACAGUGGCAUACAUGGUGAAGGGAUACUCGGAUAGCCGGGCUGUCAACACGUUACGAGACCUACCUGGAAAACCCAUCUCUGUAUCAUUAAUACAGGUCGGGCGCAAGGCCAAGUGUUGUGAGCUAGAAACCUGUCUUAUGCAACAUCUUGCUUAA